AUGGGUCUAGCAGACACCAUCCAAGAAAAUAAUCAAGCAUCGAAUCAAAAUCGUGCUAAGGCGAUGAUAUUUCUCCGUCAUCACCUUGAUGAAGGUUUGAAAAUGGAAUAUCUCACUGUUAAGGAUCCUCUGGUGUUGUGGAACAAUUUGAAAGAUAGAUAUGACCACCUGAAGUUGGUCGUCCUUCCACAGCAACAAUACCGAGAAAUGAGAUUUAAAAAGUAUUCCGAAUUAAUUUCACAUCUCCUUGUUGCUGAACAACAUAAUGACUUACUGAUGAAAAACCAUGAUAGUCGACCUACUGGUUCUAUGUCAUUUCCUGAAGUAAAUACAACAAAUUUUCACCAAUCUAGACGUGAAAAAGGUCGUGGCCCCAAUCGUGACCAUGGUCGAGGUCGAGGAAGAAAUUUUAAUCAUGGUGAUCGUUUUGCACUAAAUAAUAACCUUCAACACCAUCAGUGUAAAAAGAAGAAUGAAAAACAUGACGUAGUGCAGAAGAAAAAUUCAGACAACAAAUGUUAUCGAUGUGGAGGAAAAGGACAUUGGUCACGUACCUGUCGUACGUCAAGGCACCUGGUUGAGCUAUAUCAAGUUUCCCUGAAGGAGGUGAAAAAUAACGCAGAAGCCAACUUUAUCACGGAAGAUACUGUUGAACCCAUGCAUCUAGAUGUAGCGGAUUUCUUUGAGAAUCCCGAAGGAAAGAUAGAUCACCUGAUAGGUGAUGGGUCUGUGAUAAUGUAA